AUGCAGGAGGGCCACUAUCACGACGACGCUGCCGACGCCGACGCCGGCGGCAUCGCCGGCCAGUUGUCGGUGCUCGACCGCUUCCUGCCGCUGUGGAUUCUGCUGUCGGCAGGCGCGGGCAUCGGCCUGGGGCAGCUCUCGGCCGUGCACUCCUUCAUCGAGUCCACGACGAUGGGGAGCAUGAACCUGCUGGUGGGCGCGGGGCUGCUGGCCAUGAUGUACCCGCCGCUGGCGAACGUCCGCUGGGAGCUGGUCGGCGCCGUGUUCCGCGACUGGCUGCUGCUGCUGCUCACGACGGCGCAAAACUGGGUCGCGGGUCCGUUCCUCAUGUUCCUGCUGGCUGCGGCCUUCUUCCACGACGACGCAGGCUUCAUGGCCGGCUUUAGCCUCGUGGGCUGCUCUCGCUGCAUCGGCAUGGUCAUGAUCUGGAUCGCUCUCGCUCGAGGGGACCUCGAGUACGGGGCCGCUCUCAUCGCUGUCAACUCCGUCUGGACCAUGGUGCUCUACUCCUUCUACGCGAGCUUCUUCCUCGGCACGAUGCCGAACGCGAUGGGGGUCGAGGACGACUCACAAGAGCAAGAGCAGGAAGCCCUUCACAUCUCGGUGAGCGAGGUGGCCAGCAACGGCAACGCCUGGUACUUCGACGAGUUCACGCCCCGCCUGGACGUCGUGGCGGUGGUGGCGUUGCUGUUCACGAUCGUGGUGCUGUUCGCGUCGCAGAGCCAACGCAUCACGAGCACCUUCGGCUCCGUGCUCUUUUCGAUGGUGCCCUUCAUGAUCUACUUCGUUGCCAUGUUCACAGGCUCCAUCAUCAUGAGCCAGGCAUGCGGUGCCACCCACGCGCAGAGCGUGACGCUGGCGCUUACAGCAACGAGCAACAACUACGAGCUGUCGUUAGGCGUCGCAGUGGCCACCUUCGGCCUGGACUCCGACCCCGCCAUGAUGAGCGUCGUCGCAGCGCUCAUCGAGAUCCCGACCAUGCUCGCGCUUGUGUAUCUCUCGCUCUGGUUGGAAAGGAAACCAAAGAACGAGGCAGAAGACCAGCGUGACAAGUCAACAAGCCAAAGAUCUGCGAUAGCGUCCAAAGAGCUGGUCAUAGAGUCCCCGAUUGCCGUCUAG